AUGGAUCGCAUACCCCGCUUCCGUCGUCGCCCCAAGCACCCGACCGUCAACACUGACCCAAAAUCCAUCAACGUCACUCCCGCCGACCGCGACAUGACCCCCCCUUCGCCCCCUGCGUCGUCUGCGCCCGCGCCUGCGCCAGUCGUACCGCUAACGACCACUACGAUCACGGCCAACGCGACGACAAUCAAUACGCCCAAGACCGAAAAGUUCCUCAAGGUGGCAGGGCUCAAGGGCUUGCACCUGCGCAGCCCCCAUAAGCGCCAGAGGUCUCCCUCGCCCGCCUGCUUACCUACGUCACCUCCGCCGACCGUUGUGACUCAUGAUGUAGGGCGCGUGAUGUCCCGCUCGCCCGAGGACAAGCGGGAUAAGGCAAAGGAGAAUAAUAAGUCGAGGGCGAAAGAGGAUAAGAAGAAUCAGAUCCUGCCGACGCCGCCAAGGCUCACCAUAGAGAGUGGUGACGAUACGCUGGUGGAAGAGGUGGAAGACACGUUUGAGACAAAGAGCAAGACGGAGUCUGGGGACGAGAUGAACGGGAAGAAACCUGUGAUACCCUUUUUCCUUACGUAUUCUGAGAUGGAUUUAGCAAACAAAUUCCAAGACAUCACCUGGAACGAGCGGAAACGCCUCGCAUCCGGCAGCUGCGUCCUCGAACACAUCGACUCCCCCCGAGCGAGCCCCAACUCCUCGCAACCCGACCUACGACGAAUCGGCAUGGACCGCUACUACAACAUCAAGCCCUGGAGCCACAACCGCGUAAAACUCCUAGUGGCCGAGGGCACAAUCGACUAUGUCAACGCCUCGCCCAUCGUCCUCGAAUCCCCCUCCGACCCUAGCCUGCCCCCGCUCCGCUACAUCGCCAUGCAGGGCCCGACGCUGCAGUCCAUGGACUACGUCUGGCGCAUGAUCGCCGAACAGCUGGGCACGACGGCCGUCAUCGUCCAGCUUACCAAUAUGGUCGAGAAUGGAAGCCAGAAGUGCUUUCCUUAUUUCCCCGAAUCCGACGCCGACGCCACGUGGAGGCUUAACGAGAGGGAUGCUUGGCAGGAUGGUUGGGCUGCUGAUCUUAGUUUUGUCGAGUUUGAGACGUUGGCGGAUGGCGAUAUCGAGGUGCGCAAGAUGAUAUUGCACGUUGAUGGCGAGGAGGAGGAGCGCGUCGUUUGGCAUCUGCUGUACACGCGAUGGCCCGACUUUGGCGUUCCGGCUAUUGAGCACCUAGAUAGCUUCUUCGACCUCAUGCGCCUCUCGCGCCAGUACAACGCAAUGGGCGGCACCAACGGCAGCACUGUCGACGGUGACAGCCCUCGGAUCAUCCACUGCAGCGCAGGCGUCGGCCGCACCGGCACCUUCAUCGCCCUCGAACACCUCAUGCGCGAGCUCGACGCGGGCUACCUCGCCAACUACGAUGCCGCAGAGGCCGCGUCCUCUUCCGAGUCCGACUUGAUCUUCAAGGUUGUUGAUCGGCUGCGCGAGCAGCGCAAGUCCAUGGUGCAGGCGGAGAUUCAGUUCCUGUUCAUUUAUAGGGUGCUGAGGAAGUUGUGGCUGGAUAAGUAUAGACAGGCUACCGGGGGCGAGUAUGAAUCCGAGCCGGCGCCUAAGAGGCUCGAGGUUUCGGAUCCAUUUGUUGAGUGA